GGGACGCGGGAGGGCGGAAUUCUCCCCGAGUCGCUCGGCACACGGAGCACGCCGGUCGCUGAGCUCGGCACUGAGCCGGGAGCAGGCGGUCGUCGGCUCCUGUGCGCUGGGCGGCAUCCCGGGCAUCGGUAGCCCGGCUCGGGGAAAGCGUGCCUGGCCAUGGAGCCUUCGCACAAAGACGCCGAGACGGCAGCUGCGGCGGCGGCGGUGGCGGCGGCAGACCCCCGGGGGGCGUCCUCUUCCAGCGGGGUGGUGGUUCAGGUCCGCGAGAAGAAGGGCCCCCUGCGCGCCGCCAUCCCCUACAUGCCCUUCCCGGUGGCUGUCAUCUGCCUCUUCCUCAACACUUUCGUGCCAGGACUGGGGACGUUCGUCUCAGCCUUCACUGUGCUGUGUGGGGCCCGCACUGACCUCCCGGACAGGCACGUGUGCUGUGUCUUCUGGCUGAACAUCGCAGCGGCCCUCAUCCAGAUCCUCACGGCCAUCGUCAUGGUGGGCUGGAUCAUGAGCAUCUUCUGGGGCAUGGACAUGGUCAUCCUUGCCAUUUCCCAAGGGUACAAGGAGCAGGGCAUCCCACAGCAGCUGUGAGCCCGCAGGACCCACCAAGGAAGUCCCAGGGGCCCUGCAAGGGCUGCACCAGGCAGCUUGUGGCACAAGGACCUUUACAUGUUCUUUUCUGCUGUUUCCUGGAUUCAGGGUGGAAAAGGGGGUAUUUUUAGAAAUAUUAUUUAUUUUGAAAACGCAUCUGCUUUUCUCAGCAGGCUCUGAGGGCUGCCAGCCCCUCCUCCUGCCCGGGAAAGCAUGGUAGGCUCAGGCAUGAGGAGCACUGGGGAGUGGGGCAGAGAUGGGCAGUCGACAGAGAGGCUGGAAUGCUUCUGCAGCCUCACCUUCACCUGACGGCACCUACUGCCCACUGCAAGGGUAUCCCAGAGCUGCGGCGUUGGGAUGCAGUGGUCCCUGUCCAGGUGAUCCGGGGCUUGCUGAGGGGACAGGACUGUGGAGGGCACUUCCUCUGGGUUCCCACUCCUGCCUCAAAUACCUGGUGACCCUAGUGUUUACUCUGAGGUCUUCUGGGGGCAGCACCAGAGUGCAGUUGAGGAUGACCAGUUGCCAGUCCGCAUGGAAAGGUCCACUGUGCUCACAGCUGGCAUUGGGGAGAGCAUGGGUCCCCACAGGUCUGACCGCACACUCAGCCUUCUUGCCACUGAUAUCUAACAGCAAGGUGUGUUUGGACCAGUAUUUCCCUGGGUGGGAGGACAAGUGGCUCUGUCCCUGGGGUGAAAUUGCUGGAAUUGCCAGAUGUUCAUACACCAAAGUACCAGGCUGAGGUGUGAGUGGGCAUGGACUGGCCACUUUCCUUUUUAUGCUUAAUACCAUUUCUGGUCCACAGUCCUUUAUCUGAAAUCCUUGGAACCAGAUGUGUCUCUGAAUUAGGAAAUUUUGGAUUUGAGAAAGAUGGUAUGAUCUAUUUUCUGCAUAUUUCCUAACACCCUGGCAGAGUCUGGAACAGCCCACCCACCAUCAAGCACAUGAGUAUUUCUGCAGAGAAACAUGUGAAUAGUCAGAUUAAUUGGGAUCAAUAAAAACUGUAAAUAGCCUUGCCUAUUCAGGUCAGAUCUUGCCACUAAGUAAGUCGUGGGAGAAAGCCUAUCACUGGAUGACUCCUGGAGUUUCAGAAUUUCAAAGCAAUUUAAUGAGGUGGUGAACCUCGAUCUGAAGAAUCCUAUUGCAUACAGAUGCAUGGAGGUGAAAUUGUAGGCACUGCAUAGGGACCCUGCAGUUGCACAGGAACCACUGGGCUCCUUUAAGCAGCUUCUCUGAAAGUGAUUGCUGCAGAGUUAGAUUUUAGUGGAGGAAGAAACCAAGAGAAGGCGUGCUGACUGCUGUGGAUCAAGUACUAGUCUGAAAUUGAGAAAGGAGAUCCAGGGGCUGGGGUUGUGGCAAGUGGUAGAGCAUUUGCCUAGUACGAGUGAAGCACUGGGUUCGAGCCUCAGCACCACAUAAAAAUAAAUAAAUAAAUAAAUAAAUAAAUAAAGGUAUUGUGUCCAUCUACAACUAAAAAAAUGUUUAAAAAAGAGAAAAAGGAGAUCCAAAAUUAUAGUGCGAGGAUGGACAUGUACGUGUGUCGAAUUUCUUUCAUUCCCUGACAUAGGAAGUGAUGAUACGUGGGACGGGUCCAAGGGUCAGUUCCAGACCCCACUGGGCUUUGAGUCAUUGGAUGCGUCCCUGUUUAAGGGACUUUUCUUAUCUAUCAGAGGCUCUGUCAAAACCCUGCUGGGGCUGGAGCAGGAACCCGGCUACACUGCAGGAUGCAGGCUCUAGGGAAGCUGUGCCCACUGUGCUGAGGGUCCCAGACCACCUACCCCCACUAGUGGGCUAUCUAGUUACAGUUACAGUGGGGAGCAGACUUUGGGAUUCCCCACAAACUGAACUGUUCUCUGACAUCUGUGAGGAAUGGGGCCUGUCCUGCCACUCACUCCUGGCCCCACUCUGGGGCAAGUUCUCUGCUCCUGUCCUGUCUUCCCUGCUGUCUCUUUCAUUGCUGCCUGGGUCUGGGCGGCACUUUUUGAGCACCUGGCAGUGUCUCAAUGUCCUCCUGGGCCCCCGUUUUCCUGACCUCAACCCCAACUUUUAUUGCUUCUUCUCCUAUUUGGACUUUAGGCAUGGGACCAGAUUUGGUUCCACUCAAACAACCAGAGCCUUUCUCUGUGUGAAAAUGGACCCUCCAAACUGCCCACUGCUCUCGAGGAAGGUGCAUCAGAGAACGGGGCCACCCCUAGAACCCGAGAAAACAGUAUCCGCAGAGGAGAUAAUGGGUCCCAGCCACCCCCUUCCAACACUGCCAGCCCACAGCCCUUCACCCCAACAGCCCCCCAAAACUGCUUGACUCCCCCUGAGUGCUGACAAGUCUUGGGAGGGGGCUACCCCCACGAGUGAGAGGGAGGAGCUUAUUUUCCUGGCUUGGGCUGGGGGUGGCUGCUGAGGGAGUAGAGGAGAGGUAGCAAUUUGUGUCGGGUGUUUAGUGACACAAUCCAGACGCAGGUGGGAUUUUCUUGAGUGGCAGGUGUCACCAUGUGUGGGAUGGCUUAAUACAGGGGUUUGUGAGCUUGACAGGCCACCUCCUCCCCACCCGACACCGUCCCCUCAUCUGAGGGCUAUGUCUCUGCAUUUGGGAACACAUCAGGCCAGGAGGAAGCCCCUCCACAGGCAAAGGAUGCGUGGGAGAAGGCAGGGGCCCCCAUCUCCUGAACAGUGAAUCUGUGAGGGUGGCCACGUGGGUGGGAACAGCUCAGAAUAGCGACCUGCUGAAUUAGACCAUGGUCAUAGCAUUAUCAGUAAAUAAGGGCAGCAGUCAGUUUGCUCCAAGUCAUCCAAAAUGACCACUUGGAUGGUCAGAGUUCAUUGCUUAAACAAAAAGGAAAAGUAAGGUCCUAGUGCCAAUGAGUGCUUGACUGACACUCAGCCCGUCGGUGACACGAAGUGGAGUUUUGCCUUGAUGGUAUGGCACAAGGCUGAUGGUUCAGAAGUGGCAGGGCAUGUUUCAGAGUUCAGCAGGAUGCUCUCUGGCUGGAGGUGUCAGGGGCAGGAGUCACAGGCUUGUGGAGAGCAUCGCAGUGAAUGAGACUCUCCCAGACAUAGUUGUGACAUUGAGAUCAGGGUGACCAUUUCCCUUUGGUCAGAGUGGGACCCUGGAGCAAGAGUGAGGCACCUGGCAGCCUGGGUAUGUCCUGUGGACAGUGGUGACUGUCGAGUAGGCCAGGACAGCCAGGACCUCGUGGGAGCAGCAGGAGGCAGAUGGCUCCUGCACUGGCCCCGGCACUCCUGGAGCCUGCUGUGCUGCUGGGCCCUACCCCAGUCCCAGCCCCAGUCUGACAAACUGCUGGUCUUUCCUUGGUCAAGCCUCUUUGAAGGGACAAAAAGAAGGGACAUGCAGCAUAGUUCCCUCCCAGACCUCUGUGUCCAGCUCCAGGGAACAGCCUCAAUGUGUAGGACCCUCACCCAGCAUUUUAUCUCCUGUUAUCCUUCUCAACAGCCUGGGAGGGGAGAUCCUUGUGCUGAGUUUUCAGAUGUUAAACUGAGACUUCAAGAGAGUGAAUUCCAUGUCCCCAGAUACACCUGGUAUGGCAGAGGUGGGGAGUGGCCAGGUCUGGCUGCCUCCACCACCAGAGCCAAAGAACUCCUGACAGCCCUGCCCGGAAGAAGGAAAGGAUUACAGGGGGCCUGGAGAGGGCCCCCUCAGAAGUAUAGGGUGGAACAAACAAACAGUAACCUCCUAGGGAGACCCACAGGGCCCACAGCGCUGUAUUCCCACCUUCCAGGGCAGCCUCAAGCCCACGCUCCCUGCUUACUGAAAAGAUAAGAUGAUGGUGGGAUGAUGGUGGUCAGAGAGAGAGAGAGAGAGAGAGGUAUUGGGAGCUACAUGAUCCUAACCCAAAAGGCCACUCCUUUCUCAUCUUGGGAGUUCUAGUCACUCAGACACAAGAGGGAGAGUCAGGUGAAUUUGGCCUCCUGCAGGAUGCUGUGGGCUGAGGAGCACUGGGGAGGACUCCUGCUCGAGGGAUCUACAGAGCUACAAUCUCCUCUGGAGGGAAAGGGGGCCUAGAUGUCCAAGUCAACCACAUCCCAAACGCCAAACCCAAGGCUGGCACACAGUGGGACUGAAACCCCAGGACCAGGACAAAGGCCCUCCAAAGCCCUGAUGUUCCUGAGGGGGAGGGCGAAGCUCAAUGACAGGGAUCCUUCUGCACCAGCUUGGCUUUUGAAAACACAAACCUAAAGCCCUACUCUAAAACUCUUCCCUUAGCUAACCCUUUCCCUGGGGCGAGUUUGCAGGGGUUCUUCAGUUUGGCCUGGAUGCAGCUCCUCCUGGGCCCCUGGGCCUGAGGGUGGGGAGUUCGGCCUCCUCAGGGUCCCAUCCUGGCUCCCAGGCCCCCCCUCAGGUUUUCACACUCUGGCUACAUUUUUCACUGUAUUAGUGAUGCUGGCAGAGAAAGCUUGGGAUGUUGCAUAAACUGCUUGGAGAUGGAUAAUUUAAAUGUACAUUCUCCACUUACUGCUGGAAGGCUUUAUUUACAAUUAUUAUUACUCCCUCUUGCUGGCACUAUGUGGAGGGCCUUCCUCAGAGGGACUGGAGUAGGGAAGCCUUUGAAAGCACCCCCAGCCCUGCCAGCCAGUUCUCCCAGAGGCCAUGGCCUUGCAAGUGAUUGGGGACCUCAGGCUUGGGGACAGUUUGAAGCCAUUGCUGCUAGAUUGUUGCCCGCCUCCCCACCUCAACAGAAGUGGGCCUGAGGCUGAAGCAACACACCGCCCCUCCCUAGGGCUUAGCAGAAGCCAUUCGCUGACCUCAGGGAGUCCACCACGGAGUACACCAUGGGCCACCUCUGUGCCCUGGGAGCUUGUGCUCAGACAAAAGAUGCCCUUGCCUCCCCAUGCCUGCUAACCCCAGCCUCCACAGGGGACAGCAGGGUGUAGGGGACACCUUCUACAAGGAACAGGCUGCUCCUUCUCCUUCCAGAGUGUUCUAAGUGUAGGCUGUAGGGCAUGAGGAGGUCAUCUUGACCAAGGAAAGUGACAAUACUCCUGGAUCAGCUUGGUUCUAAAAUAAUAAUUUAAUAAAAAGGUCAACCUGAGCAGGUGGGUGAGAGGCUUGGGGCUGUGUUUUUCCUGGGCUUUCUUCCCAUUGAAUUCUUGGAGCUCCUGAAUGUUCACAGGGUCACAGAGGCAGGGGAGUGCUCAUGCUCAGAGCAAAACCCACCCCACAUUUCAGGAGAUGCAGAGACCAGAUGAAUCCCCCCCAGAGUGAUGCCGAAUGCGCCCCACCCUUGGGAGGGGGCUCUGGCCCAAGCACUGCCUGCCCCUCUCCUACAGCCUCAUGCCACAGUCGAACCAUCCAUAGCCUGGGAACCAAGUGGAUUCUGGGCAGCCAUCAUUUUUCCUAUUUCUGUCAAAGCCAAGAGCUCCGAGGGCCCAGUCCCACCAGAGCUCUCGAAAGGCCUGGUCUUCGGACUCAAAGUGCUGGCAGUCCUAGAGUGGAGAGAGCCACACGUGGCAGAACCGAAAUACCAGUCUGAAAUUCCACAGUCCCCUCCCAAUGCUAUCAGAGGGCGGAGAGACCCAACUUUUAUGGGUCCUGAGUUUCUGGUACAAGUCAAAAAGUCUCUUGAUUCAGAUUUAGCUGGGGAACCUGGGUCCCCAAAACCCUCCACAUUCUCCUGUCUGGAUUUGCCAAAAUGACAACCAGUCAGGUUGGUCUGGACUCCAUAGCCCCUACCCACCCUGUUCUGUAUUUUCACAUCAAAAGGGCAGAGGUAUGGACACAUACAUCCACCCACACUCCAGCCCCUAAACUACUGGGUGAAGCAGGGCAGGGUCUGCCUGGGGAUCCAGGAUGGGACUUAUCUCCUCUGGAUCCCACACCCCAUUUCCAGGGUGAUCUCUCCCUGAUGGUACUGUACAUCCUCAGAUACAUACAUUGUUUUCUCUCUCUCCAGGGCCCCUGGCCUGGAGAUCUCUUCUUCUUGGGGUCGGGGGGUUUAGCACCAACAUCCACUCCACCACUCCUGCCUGUGUUUGUCUUUCACAUCCCCCACUUGACCUUCUGAGGGAGGGGUCCAGUGGGCCUGCCCAGAGAAGAAUGUCCUCUUUCUGGUAUUCCUCAGAGGUUGCAGAUAAUUUUCUCUUCUGAGACCCUUCUGUGUUCCUACAACUCACCCACCUGCCAUAGUAUAGGAUCCAGAGAGGAAAGAAGGAGGGAGAAUAUUUCAUGUGGGAGACAGGGUGGUGGGGACUCUGUGGACACCUGUGUGACUGGCCCUGUCAUAGGCUCUUAAGCCAUGCUGUUGAAUCUGGCGCCAUUUUUAAAAACACAUGUAAAAAUAAGACCAAUGCUUCUGUGUGUAUCUGCUGAAUAUACGUAUGGAUGAGUGUUGUGCUGUGAAUUGCAGUAUUUUGAUACCGUGACUCUUUUGUUUGGGUCCCUCUUCUUUCUGUUAAAUUAACUGCUGUACAUUAUCAUCCUCAGACAGUUCACUCUGACCUCUGGAGCUUUCUUAUCCCACUUCAACUCAGACCCAUUGGGAGCCCAAAUCCAGACCCUACCCUAAUCCAGCCAAGGGGGCAUUCCCAGCCCAUUCCAAAGACUGGAACCUUUCUUAGAAGAAAGCUUCUAAGGCUGGGGACCUGGGGAAGUUUCCAGUGUUGCCUGCGGUUACGCUUGCUCAGCACCCUUAGGCCUGAGACCUGCUGGGGGAUGCGGCUCAGGGGUCUCCACAGCGCCCUCUAGGCACCGAGCAGGGUUUCAGUUUCUCCUUUGAACUCCUUCACUCCAGCAGCAUUGAUGUCCAUGUAACAAAAAAAUCCCACAGACAAUAAAACCUGUGUACAUACCUCCAUGUACAUAUUUAUAUAUACACAUGUGUUCCUAUUAUAAAUAUAUAAAGCAUGGCAUCUCUUUGGCAUUCCAUUUUUGUGUUUUUUUUUUUUUAAAUCCUUGGAAAUAUGACUUCGGG